AUGGAGGUAUGGGUCGGCACGGCGCACUUUACUCCGGGGACACCUGUGGCGCAGUAUGAGGUGGAAGUGCACGAUCAUUUUUCUAGACUACCUCGUGAUGCCUUGCAAGUGGUUUUCCAAGGGGACGUGAACACAGGGUUUUCGUGGGCAUUGGAAGGGGCCGAGGUCUCCGCGGUAGCCAAGGAGGGCAAGGGCAAUGUCCUUCACAAGGUAAUGAUGGAGGAGGGGUUUGCCAUUGGUGCACCAGGACGGGAUCAAGUGCAUGUCCCCACCAGCCGCCCGAGGCAAGCAGGCAAAAGUGGUCAGUGCAUUGACAUCAUGGCCUAUCGUGGAAUGUGUUUUCGAUCGUGGGGGAUGGUGGUGGACUCCUACCUCAGUAUCGGCACUGAUCAUGAACUAUGUCGGGCUGUUUUCGCAGAGAAGACACACAGAAGUUUUCCCCGUCACAACACUCGUCCUAGGGUAUGGGUAGGAGGGAUCUCUGUCGUGGAGAACAUGAAUCAGGAGACCAUUGAACAGCUGGCCCAGCAAUGCACGAGACCAGCACCAGGGUUGGGGUACAAGGAUCCAGUUGCUGUCAAACAGGCCUUCAAGGAAGCGAAGCUUUCGGGGACAUCGGUGAAAUGGAAGAUGGCGCUCAAACUUCGCAAGGAGGCAAGGUUGCACUGGGAACAUGCUCGCCUCGUGCGGGCCAGCGAAGGAGAAUGGCACUCAUUCAGGGCUCUUAAACCACGUCGACAGGAAGGGUGGGAUGUUGGUUUCGCGGAGGCACAGGACGAGGAUCCUCAUCAAACAGUUCAUGAGCAUCUCCAGGGGGUCUAUGCAGGGAAUGACCUUCCUCCCCCGCCGGUGUGGAAAGGUGAUGUAUGUGCCUUCACACUGGAAGAGCUUCGCUUGGGACUGACACAGCUCAAAAGGGGUAUGGCGGUCGGUGCGGAUCUCACCUCGACUGAGCUUUUGCAAGGGCUUGUUCAGGUACCAGGCGGUGAGACCCACCUCCUGGAAUGGUACAACAGGAUUCUGGCUACGCAAUCGAUCCCUAGUCGUUGGAAUGAGCCAGUCCUUGUGAUGCUCCCCAAGAUGACGAUCCCGAAACGCGCACGUGACCUUCGCCCAAUCGCCAUGGGCAGCGCUGUGUCUAAACUUUUCAGUCGCAUGCUGUUGAAUCGGGCCCUCUCGAAGAUCGUGCCACACACGUACGCUCAAUGUUCUGGUCCGGGCCGACAAACUUCGGAUUAUUUAUUUAGCAUCAUUCGGUUGUUUGAGUUGACGAGGGAAUGGGGAAACCCAUUGGUGGUUUUCAAGCUUGACUCGGAAAAGGCCUUCGACAGCCUUGACCGUCAGAUGCUCAUGAUAAAGCUGGAGGAGAAGCUUGGUCAAGGACCUGAGCUCAACUGUUGGCAUGGGCUACUCCGGGGCACAACAGGGUUACUUCAGACGCCGUGGGGCUCUUCGAAGGUGGAAAUGCGGCGUGGGAUUAAGCAGGGUGGUAUAGAAUCCCCGUUGUUCUUUGCGCAUAUUGCUGAACUGGUGCUGACUGACACGGUCUCUAUGCACGGUUGGCGCAAUAUGACUCCACUUUACCCGGACUUACCGCCGGAGGAGAUGCUCUAUAUGGAUGAUGGCAUGCUGUGGAGUGGCUUUCUCUCAGUGGUUCAAGCACGCGCACAAACGCUCUCGGUGGAGUUUGCUAAAUAUGGCCUAAGGAUGAACCCUCAGAAAUGCCAGCUCUACGCGUCCCCGCAUGUUACGGGCAAGCACGAAAUUGUGCUGAACGGGGUCAGGGUUCAGGCAUCGCCUACGUUGGAGGUGAUGGGCCUGUCGCUUCGCGUGGGUAUGUCCAUCUACGAGGUUGUGUCCCCAGCAGUUUCCAGGGCCAGGGCAAAAUUUUGGGAGCUCAAGCAUCUCUUCAGGGCCAAGGGGCACAUGAAGAGCAGAGCCAGAGUCAUGCAGAGGGUUGUGGGAGCGACUGCUCUUUGGUAUGUCUGUGCGGUUCCUCCGGACAAAGCUGCGAUGACUGCUCUGAAUGCAACGCAACUCCAACUAAUGGUGUGGCUUCUCCGUUUCAGCAAGGCGUCUACGGAGAGCUGGGGGGAGUUCAGGCAGAGGGCUUUCCGUGGGGCCAGGUCUGCCCUGCAUUCGGCUGGUCUGGAACGCUGGUCUACUCUUUGGCUACGGCGCUACUGGCGGUAUGCGGGGCACCGUGUUCGCUCGGUCCUCUCACCCUUCCCACCCAUCAGCUGUGACUUUGAGUUCUUUCGCACCUUGCCGUGGUGGACUCACCAGCAAACUCUCAAGCAAGGGGGUCUUCGACAUAAGGGUCAUCAUUAUGCUCGGCUCACGCUUUUGGAGCAGCACCUCGACUCGGUUGCGGGGGCACCCUGGCGUAAUCUUGCUCAUGAUCGCUGUGCUUGGAGGGGCAGAGAGGACGCGUGGGUCGCGCUUAUGGAUGUGCCGUGGAGCUCGGGGAUCAUGGCUCGCCAUGUCUUCUGGGCUGCCGCCUAUGCCUUGAUGGCGACGCUGCUGUGGGCCGCUCCUAAGGACGGACCUUCUCAGCUGGCAGCUCCGGCUUCCAUACCUCGGUCUUCGCUGUGGGCCUCCUCUGUGACGUCUACAACAGCUGAGGACUCGAUGACUUCAAAUUCGCAAGCCUCAACGAACGCUGCCCUUGCAGCGUCUUCUACGUUUUUGGAAUCAAGCUCAGAAACCACUCCUGGGGCGGCCUCGGUUGCCUUGGGAGAUAACCAAUCUGCUCCUCCUGCUGCACUUGAAGAUGAGGAUCCUUCUCCUCCUGCAGGCGGGGCCGAUUCUGCUGUAUGUCUACCAGGUGUGCGGAUCGAGUAUCCCGACGCUCCCCUCAACGACAUGAUUCUGCGCCCGGUGGAUGAUAACCUCUUUGAGAAUGAACCAGUAAGCUGUGACCUGCCUGAACGGGCUGAAUGCCCCCACCUCGUCCCCGCUAGUGGGAAUGCCACGGCCGGGGCCGCCAGCUCUUCUGCCCGUCCCAAUGUGCAGAUGGACAGCAGCUCCCAGACUGUUGCCCCGGACUGUGCAUGGAUCACCUCGGCUGUGGCACAACUUCGGCAGCUUCGACUACAAGGGCAAGGGGGAGACUUAGUGUGGCUCUGUGUUCUGCGAAGGGUGCAAUUCCGUGAUGAUCGGGGAUAUUUUCAAUGGUUCAGGACUUUUGCGCGGGGUCUUCGCCGAGAGUUUGGUCGGGAGCUGCAUCACGGGUCAUGUACGCGAUCGGCUACCAGAGCGGAGGUGAGUUGGGCUUCGAGGGUGGAGUAUGCCGCCUUUCAGGACUAUGUGGAGAUUGGGGAGUCGAUCUUCCCCACGACCUGGAGCCCGAUAACGACCUUGCCAUCUGAUGUGUGGAUACCUCGGCCUGCGGAGGCAGGCCAGCCGUCUUCCAUCCCGCAUGGCUUGUUCCGCCCUGUUCAAGUGGCUGUGGUUGAAGGGGUAGAUGGGAACCAGGAAUUGCCGCAGCCGAGCGUGACUGCGGCGUGCUCGGGUACCUCCGUUACUGCGUCUGAAGUGGAAGGGGCAAUGGAGGAGACGGAUGAGAUAGGGCUGCUGGAGUUCGCCGUGCCCGCGUGGAUGAUGGUAGUGGUGCCUGGUGCAAAGGGCUUCCAUGAGGCAUGGACGCCGGAUACUGUGCCACCUUGGUUUGAGGAUGUGGUUGAGAGGCUUCAGCUGGCUUUAGAUCGAGGAUUUGAAUGUCGGCCUCUUCUCAACAUGGUACAGGACUGCAUCCAUGACAUUGCGGAUGACAGGUUUGCAAUGGAGUGUGAGCCUCAGUUCAACCUCCUCUUGCGUCGCUUGCUCGAGUACUCACCGAUUCUCGACGACCCCGUCAUCCAGGGCAUGGGGGAGCCUGGUUUGGACGAACUUGAGGAGCUGGUGGAGUGGUCAGUGGGUCGGGUACGGCAUCACUGGCUGUGGUCGGUCUGUCCCGUUGCUAUGCGCAAUCGGAUUUAUGAGGUUGCCAUGCGCAACCUUGGGUACACAGUGACAAUGCCGCACAGGGGGCUCGAAGAAGAAGACAGAGAACGGCGACAGCUGUCAAGGUCUAGAACACCUCAGCGUCAACGUGGUGGUGGAAUCGGACGGGCAAUGCCAGCGAACGUGGGCACGCCCAUUGAGGGCGUUGUGCCCGGGCCAGCACAUGAACCCCGAGAAGAAGGUGAUGAAACCGCCCUGUUCCAGGACGCGCCCCGCAUGAGAUGGCCGGACCUUAUUGAGCAACUUGGCCGAUGGUUUGAGGAAGGGCGGGCAGUGGGCAUGGCUGUUUGUAUGGCACGUCGCUUGGCUAGAGGUCGGGAUGACAGGUCUUAUCGAGAGUGGGUGGAGGGGCCGUUGGCUACUAUCGGUGCUGGGUAUCCCAACAGCGAAGGUGAGGAACUUUCGGAGACGCCACGAUGUUUCUUUGAGUGGGCCAGGGCGGUUGAGGGUCACUUGUAUGAGGGCUACCAGCAUGAUCGAGACAUUCGGAUUGACAUUCCUGUGCCUUCAGCAGGGACCGGUGCUGCAGAUGCGGUCAGUCUGAUGGAGAACAGGUGGCGACAUGGCCGUCGCCGUGUCCGCGACUCCCGAUCCCCUCGCCGUCAACCUCGUCGAUCUGAACCUGUUCGCACACGCGGAGGUGAUGUACGAGAUGGGCGAGGAGAUGGCCGAGGCCGUUCGGAUAGGCUUUCCUGUGCCACUCCCUACAGAAGUGAAGCCAUGACCCGCGGCAGUGGCUCCGCGGGGGUUGCUGCAGGGACUGGUCGUGCCAGUGAGUAUGUGGAGGUGGAGGUGGCACCCAAUGACACGGAGCGAGCAUCGGGGAGUACGGAUCCAGCACCGACGGCAGUGCGGCUGAGGCCCAAUCAGCUUGAUGUAACUCAGCCCAUGACACUCGCUCAGGCGGUGACGCUCUGGAAAUACCUGCUCUUUGACAGGGGAGCUUUCCAGGGACCGCGUGAGGGUGAAGGACGUAUACCUCUGUCCUUCCUGCCGAGGCCCAUGUUGCGAGAGGUCUCCGCCACACAUGAAGCUAUGCCACCCACCAAUCGGGCAAUCUCUACUUUGGCGCUGGUUCAUCUACUUCGAUAUUUGAUGGCAGAGCUGAGCCAAACACUCGAUGUCGCAGACGCGGUGGCAAGAACGAGGGAGGGCACGGCGGACGCUGUGGACCUUGAGGAGGAUGAUGAGCCGGCGCUCAUGCAAACCUUCUUUGCGACCGGCGGAGUGGACUCGAUGGCGCAGCGGUGGGCGAGGGCAAUGGUGCGUCUUCAGAAGGAGCUCUCAGGGUUCAUGCCAGCAAAGCGCGGGCGGAUGCUUCUCCGGCUCCGCUCUGGGCUCCCGGCAAUGGGAUCCUCACAAACCCCGUCGUCGUGGCAAGAACAAUUUCAGGCUCUCUUGCUGGUCAUGGGGGAGGAUAUCAGUGUGGGCAGCAGUUGCGAAGAUGUUGCUGGGGAUGCAGGUUGGCUUGCCAGCUGGACGAAGGAGCUUGCGGCAUUCCUGCCUGGCUACAGCAUGACGCAGACUGCCACAGUGCUUGUUGACUCCUUGGAUUCCAAGCAGCUGACCAAGGAAGCGGAAGAAGAGGCUCGGGACAUGGAACAGCUGCUGCGUGAUGAAGAAGAAGAACGCCAGUGGAAGCGGGACAAGGCGACUCAGGAGGAGGAAGAGAUGCAGAAGUUUGAGGAGCAGGAGCAGUUGUUCUUGCGAGGAGAGGCAGCGGCGUACCAGGCCUGGGAGGACGAGCAGAUGAAGGACAGUGCAUGCGCUGUGGCGAGAUCUGCUAAGCGUCGCUGCCUGGUUGCCCUUCAGGCUUCUGUGGGAACCUCGCAAGGGGCGUUAGGCCAUAGGACGUCUCGCAUGCUAGAGAUGGAGCUUCCCCUGAAUGGCACGCCACUGGUUCUGACGAUGGUCGCCAACAUGGAGGACGCCCCGAGUGAAGUUCCCACUGUUCGGGUGCAGCAGACUCAGCAGGGUGGGACUGGUGGGGCAGCGUCGGCUGGUGACUUAGCCAUGAGAGGCGAUCGGCCCAUUGGUGUGGGCGCAGCGGUUGGAGACUUUGAGGCCUAUGCCAGGCUGUAUGCGCAAUGGAGGUCGGGGGCCACUUCGCUUUUGGAGGUUGCUUCCGAAUAUGGGCAAGAGACGGUGGAGCUACUGGAGGCCCAGUAUGCGCUGGAGAUGGAAAUUGACAAGCCGGACCCCUUGCUGUCCUCCUUGGAGAUCGGUGCCGCAGAGAGUGGGCGGACUGCACAGCAAAGUGACUCAGUCCCGGCAGUGGUUCCUGGUUUAGGCUGUCCAGGACGGCCCCGUUUGGGUUUUGGCUUCUUUGAGAACAUCUACGAGCAAUGGCGUUGUCGAGUCAAGACGGAUGGGGAGGUUGUUUGCCAUUAUGGACACAGGUGGCUGAAGCUCUUUCGGCAAUGGCGGACGUGGGGGCUCAGUGGGAUCUGGUGCUAUCUGUCCGACCUCCUGGAUAUGGAGAUGAACCCGGACCCACUCUCAGCUCGACCGCGCAUCGAUGAUGGUGAUCUUCUCCCACGAGUCUACCUGGUUCCGGUGGAAGCGCUCUGGGAAAUGUUUGUCCGAUGGCAGUCCGGAGAAGUGACGGACACGGUCAGGGAGCUCCUUGGCACAGAAUGGCUUCGGAUCUUUGAGGUUAUGGCUACUGAAGGGAUUGGCGUGGCCAAGCCGAUGAUGGAGCACCUUGUUAAUUGGCAAGCUGUCGGGGACAUGCCCAUGGAGGGUUUGCGGGUUCUGGGCUUGAAUGUGGAUGUCAAUGGUCUGCAGAUGGAGGAGACCGUUCUACCUCAUGGACACGCACCACAGCUACCUGGAGGUCAUGCUCACUUGGAUGGGUUUUCGGCGGUUGUUGCCGUUGAUGGUGAUGAAUCGGAGAUGCUGGGAACAGGCCAAGAAGAAGAGGGUGAUCCACAAGUGGGGACGGGCAAUGGUCUAUGA